CGCUUCCUUGAGCACACAAAGGAAGGGAUUAGAGCCCUCUCUCCCUUCCUUUAUUCACAUUAUCCCUAGUGCCCAGCCAACCCCAGUGCAUCCUGUAACCUCACACUGCCGGCGUUUGCACAGCCUCCUGGCUGCUGUUUAUAUACUCUAUUUCCUCAUCAUCUCUUCAAAAAAAGAGGAUUAAAAAAAAAAAGAAACGCACACACUUGUCAUGAUUUAUGAAUGAACGUGACUGGCUGAUUCUGCAGGAGCUGCAAGAGGAUACAGCUCAGUCCCAACAGAACAGCUCUAUGUGAGUGUGUGUAACACAGAGCAGUGCAUUGGAAGCGCAGGGAGAGAGGGGCUGGCCUUGCCUCGGUGCUGGGGACAGAGCAUUGCUGCGACGAGCUGGACAGUAGACCUGGGACGGGCCGAGCACCUGGAUUGAUUCUGCAUGACUAUAGCAAAGAUGUCAUGGCAGCCCCAAUAUCGAAGCUCAAAGUACCGCCAUGUCUUUGGUAAGCCUGCAAACAAGGAGAGCUGCUAUGACUGUGUGCCUAUCACAAGAAGUGUACAAGACAACCAUUUCUGUGCCGUAAAUCCAGUUUUCAUUGCCGUAGUGACAGAAUGUGCUGGUGGUGGAGCCUUUAUUGUUAUACCUCUUCAACAGUCAGGAAAACUCGAUCCUCAUCAUCCAAAGGUGUGUGGUCAUAGAGGAAAUGUGCUGGACAUCAAGUGGAACCCUUUUGAUGACUAUGUAAUAGCCUCUUGUUCUGAAGAUGCCACAGUCAAAAUUUGGGACAUUCCAAGGCAUUUGUUAAAUAAAAAUUUAACAGAUCCAAGGAAGGAGCUGCUCGGGCACACCAGAAGAGUCGGCCUCAUUGAAUGGCAUCCAACUGCCAGUAAUAUCAUUUUCAGUACUGGCUACGAUUACAAAAUAAUGAUAUGGAAUAUUGACAAUGAUGAUCCUGUUAUUUAUAGUCCUGUGAGAACAAUUGAGUGUCACAAAGAUGUCAUUCUUUCCAUGUCAUUUAACACUGAUGGAAGUCUUCUUGCCACAUCUUGCAAGGACAGGAUAAUUAGGGUCAUUGACCCUCGGCAAGGGACUAUUAUACAGGAGUCCAAUUGCAAAACUCAUAAAGCCAGCAAAGUUUUGUUUCUGGGAAACAUGAACAUGCUGCUAUCUUCAGGGACAUCCAGGUGGAAUAACAGACAGGCAGCCCUAUGGGAUCAAAAUGAUCUAUCUGUGCCUUUACAUCAAGAAGAUUUAGAUGGCUCCUCUGGUCUGAUCUUCCCAUUCUAUGACUGUGACACCAACAUGCUGUAUAUCGUGGGAAAGGGAGAUGGAAACAUUCGAUAUUAUGAAGUCUGUUCUCAAAAGCCUUAUUUGCAGUACCUUAAUGAAUACAGAUCCAAUUUGCCUCAAAAAGGAAUUGGUGUUCUGCCAAAGAGGGGGGUCGAUGUUUCAACUUGUGAAGUCUUUAGGUUCUACAAACUAGUCACUAUAAAAAGUCUUAUUGAGCCGGUGUCAAUGAUUGUGCCUAGACGGUCAGAAUCGUACCAGGAUGACAUUUAUCCAAUGACAACUGGAACUCAGCCAGCCCUUACUGCACGUGAAUGGCUGGAUGGGAUUAACCGAGGUCCUGUUCUAAUGUCAUUAAAGCCAGGAUCAAAGUCAGCUCCAUACCAAGUACCAGUGACCAAGGAGGAACCCAAGUUUCCUAUUCCUAUAAAGGAGCCAAAACUAAUGUAUGAAGGGAAGGUGCCCACAAGGACAUUAUGGGAGAUAGAGUACAAAACAGAGAUUAUAAGAGAGGACCGGAGCAAUAAAAAAGCAUUUGAAAGGCUUCAAGACUCCAAACAAGCCAUAUCUAAUGGAUUUGAUUUCUUUGAGUGUCCAGCACCUAAAACUGAAAAUGAGCUGUUACAGAUGUUCUACAAGCAGCAGGAAGAAAUCCGCAGGUUACGGGACCAAAUUACUCAAAGGGAUGUUCAGAUUAAACAAUUAGAAUUGGAAAUAAAGAACAAGCGCAACAGUACAGCCAGCUAUUGACUAUCAGCUACCCACAGCCACUAGAAUGUAACACAGAGAGAAAAAAAGGCCUAUAUACUAUUUUUAUGUAAAGAAAGAAAUUUCAGAUACGUAGCAAUGCUACAAGGUGCACAUAAUAUUUAUCACCUUUUAUUAUCUGUUUUCAGCUUUUUUAUGUUAUAUUUGAACAAACUGCAGUCAAAGGUUUUUAACACUAAGGGGACUAUGACUAUAAAAUGAGGGAAGUUCUUUAAUAAAAAUCCCAUCUGCCUUAAGUGAGCCAAAACAUAAUUCUUUGGAAUGAUUAGUCUGACCUUCGCUUGCCUGUGAAACCCCCGGAAAUUAGUAGGCCAUAAACCGGCCGGAACGCUAUGGAGCAGCGCUUUUAAAAAGCCUGUUGGGUUUUUUGUGAUGUCUUUAUUGAUUGGACGUCAGGAAGGAAAGAAUACAUUAAAAUCUGCACCUAUAGCAUGUUCCUGCAAUCAUACAUUCUCUGCUUCCUAGCACGGGUGCCAGUAUUGAGAGAUAGACUGUCUGUUGUGCCUUGCAGCGCAUUUAAAGGAUGAGCAGGGGAAAUUGGCCAUGCAAUUUGCAAGGCAUUAUUUGUAUUUUUGUAUCUAUUCAAAAACCAUGAUAAGCAGCAGUAAUUGAGUUCUCAGCUGCAUAUAUUUGACCAAAUUAAGGUUGUAUUAAAUAUAUGGUCAGAAUACUGAUUUUAAAAAACUGACACACAAAAGGAAAAAAUCUUAUUGGUUCUUUAUGGUUCCCUGUAAUUGAGUAGUUUUGACGCACACAUUAAGCAUAGUUUGUAGGUCUGCCACAUAAAAAACACUUCUUUGCCUUUCCACCGCCUUAUUGCAUCAAUAAAUGUGGGCUGUUUUGAAGGUGGCAGUAGGAAUGAAACAUUGCCCCAAGUCCCACACAGUCCAGAGCAACUGGUGGCUCAAAACGGCAGGGUGCAGAGACCCUUAUGUCAGGUACGUAGGUGAAACCUAAGACUGCCAGUGGUUCUCUUUUAUAGUCUUAAUACUUAAUAAGUCUGCUUAUUGAAAGAGACAUACCUAUAGUUUUUAUCUGAUCUGAUUUCAGUGACAAUAAAUUAAAAUAUUGGAGCCAAUUCAGGGAGCGUACUGAAAGAGUUGUUUCUCCACUAUAUUCUGCCUACUGGAAUCAUAAAGGCAGCUAUUACAAAUGCAGGCUUUAUCUUUAUUCAAAGGAUGCAUUUUUUUCAGUUCACACAUUACAAAAUUCCCAAACAUUUUUAAUCAGAGCACCAUUUGUGUCUGAGCAGUUUAUGUUCUAGGUAAUAUUUCUUUUCUUACACCCUCCACAGCUUCAGUGCCUUUGGCUAAAACAACAGCAAAUAGCUAGCUAGGCAAAGCUGCAUAACCAACAUGUGACUACAUGGAAAGAGGAGCCAAACCCUUUUAAAGAAAUCAGGUGAAGAAGGUCAGAAGAUCCUACUCUAUAGCUCCCAGCAACCUAUGUGGCACUUCUUUCCCUUUUACUGGGCUGCACCUUUUUAUAAUAAUUAUUGUGCCUGCUGUUAUCUUUUUGCUUUGUGCCGUGCACAAAUCUACACUUUGAUAUUGAAGCAUAAAGCAGCUUUAUGUAAUCAGGCUCCUCUGGUCUUAUACUGUACACAGGUAAAAGUCUUUAGGGUGCAGUUUUUCACUAUGGUGAUGGAGAGCCAGCAACAGGCACAAUUACACAGUCAUAGUGGUGGGCCUUCUUUAGGGAUUCAUAGAUUGUUGGAAUAUACUGCCCUUUUUCACUACAACUCAGGGAACUGUAGUCUGUGCUCCUGCUGCUCUUGCCCAUUGCAGUUUGGCCAUAGAAGACCAAACUCAGAACCUGAUGCAACACGGCUGAUUCUUUGUUAAACUGGUAGAAUGACAAAAGGAACAGAAAGCCAUAGAGAUAGUUAGAUUUUUUUUUUUUGGGGGGGGGCGGGUUGUCUUCUUGGAUCUAACAGCAAAUCAGCACAUGGCUGAGGUAAAUGGCUGACUGCUUGUUCAGUAGUUAACUGGUAAUAUGUGAUGCCUUUAAACAGAAGGCUUGGAAUGUGUAAUUAUUUACCUAGCAUCUUUAUUAAAAUGAUUGAAAAUGCUAAAUAAAUAUAAUGUCUUGCUUUUGUAUAUAAUGUAUAGCUGAUGCACUACUCUGUAACCCCUCCUAUUCUUUGCACAAGAACUCGCACCUUUACUUUGUGUGGUGCAGGACUAUGACACCUUCACCCCCUUUCAUAAGGUACCGUGGGAUAAGCUUCUUUAAUAAUGUUCCUCUAGCAGCUAGAGGCAUCUCUAUGCUUUGUAAAUUUCUCUGGUAGAUAGAAGUCUUAUCACUGAUGAUGGAAACGCUAGUGUGGUAUUUCUCACUGAAUGUCAAUGUGCUCUGUUGGUCACAAUAACAUAACUGAAGAAACACAUUGGACAGGUCAGUGGUCCAGUGUAUAUUGGGGGGUUAGCACUGAGCGCUCCACCUACCUAACAUUUUAGCAUUACUAUAUGUUAGUAGUUAAGUAGGCCUUCAAAAUCAGUACAUCUGUAGAACUGGAAUAAAAUGUAAGCCUAACAGACUAGAAUCUGUAGAGAUAAGCAACAUAAUGAUGAACUACAAUUCCCAGGAAGCCACCAAUAGGCAAAUUUAUUUUUCAGACUUGUUAUUCUUAGGAAUCAACUGUGGAAAGUUGUUCGAAAAUGCCCUAACGUAGGAAUAUAAUGCCUCUAGCACCACCACUUGCUACUGUACCCACAUGAUAUUUUUCCCGAAAGACUCAUUUUCUCAUAGUUUUAUUACCCACAAUGCACCAUUUUUGGAUUUCCAGCACAGUAAUGGUUGUCCAUUAAUUAGCAGGCAUUACAACUUGCAUGUGAUUUACCAGUGUCUGUGUUGUAAACUCAAAGGCCGGUUUUGUGCCAAGGUACAUGCAAGUGGAAUCAUUUUCAGUGCACUGAUGUGUGUGAAGGCAGAAUCGCUGCAAUGUAUUAGUAAAUCAGUUACAUGUGUAAGCCAAAUAUAUAGGCAGUUGUUAGCCCCAUGGCUUAAUUACACACUAUGCAUGCAUCAGAGCAGGUUGAAUGACAGUAGGCAGUAGGCAAAAGUUGUAAGGGGUGUAAAUGCAAUUUUGCAUUCUGUUAUGCCCCUGCUUGUAAAUGAACCCUAAAGCAGCCAAAUAAUAUGAAAUAAGGUAAGAUCAUCCUCAGCCAUGUGGACCCUAAGUCUUUUUGUCACAAGAUUGCAGUGCACUAUUAUAUUCAGUAUAAUAGAGAGGGGUCAUAUAAUGAGCUAUGUUUCUGUUUCUCAUCAAAGAGAACAGGCUGCAUCUCUUCAUGUGGUUCCUUGUAGAGGAACGCAUGAAAGAUCCACUGCAAGGAAAUGCAUGAAGAAAGGCUUGUGUGUAAGAGCCCUUAUUGAGCAAAUAUAUAUGGCUUCACUACAUAGGAGCUAUUUAAGUAAUGUAUGUGCAUUAAGAAAUAACUACCAAUAGUUGGCUUUGCUUGUGAGAGCUUAAAAUUAUAUACAUGGCAGUUGGCAGGGCCAGACCUAGGGGUAGGCAGAAGAGUCAUGCGUCUAAUGUGCAACGGAUGGUGCUGGGCACCUGCCUCUUCUGUCUGCCUUCCCUAGUUCUGCAACAAUUCUGCCUGGCUGACUGCUAAGAGAGCUGAGUUGGGUUGGCAACUGAUGCUCUUCACCUCGAAGGGGUUCUGGUGUGGGAGCUUGCCUGGGGCUCCAUUUUGUUUGCCUUGGCAUUAGCAGCUGGUGCCUUUUUUGGGAGGCUUGGCCUUCCUAAGCCUUCAUUAUCCUCUGCUUGUUUAGCACCUGUGUUAGUAUAUUGGCCAUUGUUUAUAAAGUCAAAUACCCAAAGUGGCGACAGUUUACAUAACAAAUGGCCAUAUACAGGUUUCUAAAGGUGGCCAUACACAUACCAAUAACGAUCUUUCCUGCGACCAUUGGUCACAGGCCAGAUCAUUCCUUCCCUUCAUUGACAUUCAGGGCUGAAUCGU